AUGGUUGGAGGAGAAUCAGAACUGUUGACUGGUGUCACCCGAAACAUGUUUACGACAAGCUCUUAGCGGAACAUCAGGACAAGGGUUUAACGGGAUUUUUAUGGACUAUCCGAAACUUCAGUAAUUUAAAUUUUUUCCCUUUUACACUUUUCCUUUUUUUCCUGUUGUUUUUUCCAGAGGAAGGAGAGUGGAAUUAAUCCGUUGAAACAGGUGUCAUUCCCACGUCACCAUCAGCUCUUCGUUCCCUCUGUCAUCCCUUACUCUUGUGGUUUUAUUCGGAGCGCGUUUUACCGGGGCUAGUCUGGAGCCAUGCUUUGGAGAGCGGGGCUGGUACUUCUUCUGUGUUGGGGCGCCACCGGGGAAGUACCCAAUCAAUUCCGGGACUCCCCUGAACAUGAAGACCCAACCAGUGACCUGCAGGCGGACUCAGUCACCGUGGGAGCGCGGCAGCAGCGCUCACCGCCGCCGGUAGAACCCCUAGACUUUGGGUUCGUGCCCGCUGCUGUGUACGACACACAUGUGUAUUAUGAGCCCGGUCCCAUCCGGGUUCUGUUCCACAUUGUUCACGCGUUCCUCUAUUUGGUCCAACCAAAUCCAUUUCCCAAAGAUCUCAUCGUGUCAGCCAUCCAGCAGAACCCAGGAGGGAUCAAACUUGAUGAUUAUCGCAAGCUAGCCGACAAACCAGAGAACGUUCUCUUAAUGCUACAGGCCAUCUACUAUGAGGCUGGCUUCCUGGUGUGUGUGUGUCUGGGCAGUGUGUUCCUGCUACUGACACCGGUCGUGGGGCUGUGCUUCUGUGUGUGUCGCUGCUGUGAUAACUGUGGAGGGGAGAUGCACCAGAGACAGAGGAAGAACGCUGACUGUCAGAGGAGCUUCUACACUGCCGCCCUCAUUGUCACCUCCAUAUUGAUCACGUUUGGGGUGCUGAUAGCUCACGCUGCCAACCAAAACAUGACGUCCCAGAUUAAGGCCACCCGCCGCUUCAUUAGUACCAACAUGAGAGACAUGAAGACCUUGGCUAACAACACACCAGCGCAAAUUGACUACCUGACAGCUCAGUACACCACAGCUAAGAACAAAGUCUUGUCGGACCUGGACAAUAUUGGGCCUCUGUUGGGUGGAAGGAUCCAGACUCAGUUGGAGAAGGAAGUAGUUCCCACUUUGGACAUGGCUCUGCGCACUGUUGGAGUCAAGGUGGAGAACGCCAUCAAAGCAAUGCGUGAGACUAAGGAGGCUUUGGAGAGUGUGAGUUCUUCGUUGGAGGUUCUUCAGGAAGGGACAUCUCGCCUGGCUUUUCGUCUAGCGUUGGAGCGGACCUCGCUCUCCAAUACAUUGUCCGACCCAGCAUGUUCUAAUGGAGCUGUCUCACGCACCUGUAACAACAUCCGGUCCACCCUUAAACAGCUGGAAACAAAUGGCAACUUCUCUGGGCUACCAGAUGUCAGUCCCCAAUUGGCCAGUUUGGAUAUUGUUAUGAAGGCUGACCUCAGUGACAUUAUACAGAAGGGAUAUUCGUCCUUUAAUGACACCCCCAGAAUGGUACAAGAUCAGACCAAGAAUGUUGUGUCAGCUCUGCCUAGAGUGAAGGCUAUGCUGGAUAAGAUUGGAGGGGAGAUAGUUGGAUUCUCUAAGAUGUUUCCAGUAGAACCGUCUCUAGUCAACUUCACCAUCUUUCUGAACCUGGAGCAGAAGAAAAUGGAGGCAAACUACCCGAAGAUUGACGAAAUGGACUUCAACAGGUGGAUUGGGGGCGUGGCGUUGCUGUGUACGGUGGUUCUGGUCUUGGCAUUUAACUUCCUGGGUCUGUUGUGUGGAACCUGUGGCUAUGACAAACAGGCCACACCCACCACCCGUGGCUGCUUAUCCAACACUGGCGGGAACCUGCUGAUGGCAGGGGUGGCCUUCAGUUUUCUCUUUCUCUGGUGGUUGAUGGGGUUUGUAUCGGCGGGGUUCGUUUUCGGGGGCAACGUGGAGAAGCUGAUUUGUGAACCGCUGGCUAACAAAGAACUGUUUAAGGUCAUAGAUACUCCCUACAUGGUGCAUCCAGCCAAGAAGAACUUCCUUCCUGCUCUGCUCUUCCAGAAGCCCAACAUGGACCUAACUGUAGGGAGUUUGUACCGGGACUGUUCUGUGAACAGUGGUCUGUACCAUGCCCUUCAGCUGGAGACAAUGUUUAAAAUCAACACCUUCCUCAACACGACCGUGUACAACAAGGACUUGGCGAAGGUGUUUGAGGGAGUGAAGAUCGACCUCCAUAGUAUGAUGCUGUUAGAGCAGGAGGGCAGAGACAGCCUGCUGACCUUCUCCAACACUGGGAUUGGAGAACUUAAUUACGCUGCUUAUCUGGCAGAGGUGAAUAAAGGAGUUACUCUGGUGGAUCUGCUGGCCUUCGCCAACGAGCUGGAGGCACAAGCAGACCUUCUUCCACGAGGAGCGUUGGAGAAUGCUCUAAAGGGUCACGCCAGUAGCAUCAGACAGAUCCACAGAGAGCAGGUCAUCCCAGUGGAGCAGGCCAUGAAAUUUGUCAGAGCACGGAGCACCCUCAGCCAGAGCAUCCGACUACUGCAGAGAACAGCCAAAGAAUUACCAGUGAAGGUGACUAACAUUCUGAGUGCCAUUGAUGCAGCAGAGUACCUCAUCACACACAAUGCUUCCCAUGUGGUCAAACAGGAGACAGAUGCAUAUAUGAACAACAUGAUUGGAUAUUUCAGACAGUACACAAAAUGGGUCAAAGAUUCUCUGGAAGGGGAGGUGGCUCAGUGCAAGCCCAUUAGCAACAUCAUCGACACCAUGGAGCUUGUGGCCUGCAGCUUCAUAUUCGAUUCACUGAACACAUUCUGGUUUGGUCUCGGCGGGUCUUGUGUCUUCCUGGUCCUCAGCAUCAUUAUUUCAGUAAAACUGGCCAAGUAUUACAGACGCAUGGACACUGAGGACGUCUUUGAUGACGGCCAAGAAAACUGGUAAAAUAAUCUAAGAGAAAAAUAGAAAAUAAAAAACAAAGAAAAUACAACAUGAGUGUUGAGAAGGAGUGCACACCACACACAACUCUCAUCUGAUUUUCACAGUAACCCAAGGUAUUCCUUAUACAAUCCAUGGCCCAAUUAAAAUUGCACCCAUUCUGUCUGACCACCAUUUUGUCUGACCAUUCCAUCUGUGUUUCUAUGUAAAGAGUUGUGAUAGUUUAUUUUAUGUUAUUUUAGACAGUGUUUCUAUGCACUCACCUUGAUGACAUGUAUGUUUUAUACGCUUUCAAGACGUUUGGAAGUUUUAUAUAUUUUUUAUUAUAAUAUUAACAAUAUUGUUGCUUAUUAAUAAUUGUUUUAUAACCACAUUGUAUUAGCUGGAGGUUGCUGGUUUGACCACACACAGAAAGAACAUAUAUACACAAAUACAGACAUGCACACAUUUAUGCACCAACAGAAAGAACAUACACACACAAAUACAGACACAAACACAUAUAUGCACAAACAAAAAGAAGGUACACACACAAAUAAAUACACACAUAAAUAUGCAUGCAGUCUGUUGUUACAGAAGAGGUUUGACUAUGCUAACAAAAGAGGUGUACUACAAAACAGCCAGCUAACUUUUGUAAUAAAAGAAUGAAAACAAAAAACAAAAUACACCAUCUGAAUUAACUAUCAAACUCAGAUAUUUGUUUUUGGUGGUUGAGUCAGUUAGGAAACACUGACUUUUCUUUACAAAAAAAUAUGUUACUGUUUUGUAGUUUAUGCCUCUAAUAUUCAAGAUUGUAUUGUAGCCAUUUUUCACCAAAACCUUGUUAGCAAGUUAGCUGUCAAACCACUUUAGCAGAUGCUAGCUAUCAAAACAUGUUUGCAGACACUAAUUUCCAAACCAUGUUACCAUAUUAGUCAUCAGACUCUAGCUACCAAACCAUUAACAAUAUUAGCCUGUUAACUAGCACACACUAGCUGCUUGUUGUUUGACAGCUGCGACCAGCCGAUGACACAGCUGUGACAUCAGAAUUGUCACAUUAUUUCAGUGAUGUCACAGCUUUGUAUCACAUCUGUGAUAUCAUGGCAGGCUGUGAAUCUGUGAAUAAAGAUACAAUUUUUAUUUGAGUCA